GCAGUGCUGGUUUCUUGGUUCGUCCCAGUGUUCCCUAUGCACGCUCGCCGGGUGAUGUGCGGGUCCACUGUUGUUCUAACAAGCGGUGGAACAACACGAGUGAUGAUGUAUGGGCCGGGCAGAACCAGUGAAAACUGCAAAAACGGGGAUGCGUGCCCUGGGAGGUGAGUGGAGGACAGCGGACGAAAGAGGAGGUGUCGCAGAGCGAAGUGGAGCGCCGCGGGAGGAGAAGGGCGAUCCAAGCUCUGUUGAUCUCAAGGGCUGCCUUAUUUGGCCAAGGCUGAGGUUGCUGAAGCACGGAAGCUCCAAUUGUGCCAAUGAAGAGCCAGGUUAUCGAGGCAGUUUGCGACAAACGUGUUCCAACUGGGAACGAGGAGAGGGCUGCGGUGCUUUUCAGCGCUCUGCGGCCAAGGUGCGCGCUGGCAGCACGGCUAUUUUGGCUGGCGGCGGCACCUAUCUAGCCAGAAACAAGCGUCGAAAAGCGGAGACGUUGCGCCGAGUAGCAAUUAGCUGCCUCUGUUUUGGGGAGGUCGAAUGCGCUUAUGCGCCGCUUGAGGGAGAGUGGAGCCAGCGCGCAGAUGUGGCUGUGUGCAGCGUCUCAAAGAAUCGUCCAAAAUCUCACCCAGUGACUGGCAGCUCGAGGACGCACACCACAUACCAGCCCACAAUACAGCCGCGGUAAUACAAGAUAGAUGCAGGUCUGCGCAGGUUGCUCUUGCAUCAUGCCCACGCCUGUCUUCACUGCUUGUUCUCGAGGCACCCCGGUCUUCGAUAGCAUCAUCCUUUUGCGAGCUGCUUGUUUUCGAUACCCCCGAGCGCUGCUGAUUGGCCGCUCGGCCACUAUAAUUAAGCUCUGAAGUCAGAGUGGCCUCGGGACGUUACAGCGCGAUCGUGUUUCUGCGCCGCAACUCGUGACUGCUACAGCGAAGACAGUG